AUGAAAGCCUAUACUUUUAUUGAAACUCCCAUAAUAGAUGAUAACGACAAAAUAAUAAGGAAUUUAUGCAAUAAUUUUUUCAAGUUUUAUGUUAACCCAACACUAGCUUCAACUACCAAUCAAAUUAUCUCACAUUUAGUUCUUAAUAAUGUUACCGGGAACGAAUUAGAAGAAUCAAUAGUUAACUCCUUUUCAAAUAUCGGACCAGUGGAAGAAAAUUUUCAAACUACUAAUAAAAACGGUGAAAAAGAAAAAGAAUGUAUUUCAAAUUCAAUUACAAAAUUGAAAAACAAUAGGGUUAUAUGGAAUAUCUGCUUAAUAUUGGUUCAGUCCUCAUUUUUAAAUAAACAGAUCUUGUCCUUUAAAUAUCAUAGUUUAAAAUCUUCCCUAUUUAAUCUGAUAUUUGUCCCAGAAACCGCACUACCUGAUAAAGAUAUUACUAUAUUAAAAAAUCUCUAUAUCGAACUUUUAUCAUCAUAUUGUGAACCCAAAAAUUUGAUCACAUUGUAUGAACACUACAAUACCACGGGCAACCCACUGACAAUUGAUAUUUUAAAUGCUGUCACAUCAGCAGCAUCCAUUUCCUCUUCUUCAUUUUUGGAUUUUGAAAAAUACACUUUCCCAAUAAUGAGAGCAACAAAAAAAUUAAAGUCCUUUACAUUGAAUAUUUGUUUGGAAUUUAACUCCACCACUUCUAAUAGAUUUUUUUGUUUUGGUAACAAGUUAUUUUUAGAAUUAAGAGAUUCUAUUAUAUACUUGACCAAUAAUGAUGAAGUGAUCUCUGAUUUUUCUGAUUUCGAUAUUGAAUUGGGUAAAAAAUACAAUAUUACCAUUAUAAGUAAUUUGGAAUUGGGGUAUAUACGAUUUUUUUACGAAGGUGAUUUUAUUCAAGAAAUAUCCAGUCCCAUAGUGGUCAAUGAUCCGAUCACUUUUGAAUUCAAAUUAGGCUCUGAAUUAUCUUCAUUUAAAUGCUACCGAUGCGAUAUUUGGGAUAUUUGUUUAAAUGACGCUUUCAUCAAAAUUAUUUCCAAACUAUCUCUGUCAAACUAUAUCGAUUUUACUCACUUGCAACAUUCGUCUUUUAUCUUUGAGGAAUUCAACACCGAUAUGACCAAUUUUAAGGACACGAUCAUGAAUUCAAAUAUUGUUUCCUUUCACCCCAUGGGAAUAUUCAGAGACACCAAAGAAAUUAAAUUGGAUUAUAAUUCAUUUACUGUUGAUAGGGUGACUGAUUCGUGUUUUGGAAAACUAUAUUUUAACGAUACAAGCGCUAUGUUAAAAUCACUAUGCGCCAUUAAUUUCGCCGGCUCAAUCUUCGGUUAUUUGAAGAAGCAAGAAGAUCCCCGUGUGUUUACUCAAAUGCUACUCCAUCUUACCAACUUAUUGGAAUCCCCCAUUUUGUACAAUAUAUUUAUUGAACAUAAUGGCCAAAUUUUAUUGAAUGGGAUUUUAUUGGAGCAUGGAGUUUCACACUCGACCCUUGAUUCUAUAGCUAUCUUCAACAACUUUUUAGGAUUUUGCGGUUGGAAUUCGGAGACAGAUGUUAUUAUUACACAUAAAAGUUUUUAUGAGCAUAUUAUACUUGAUAUGAGUUUAUGGAUUGAUGCCGAAACUGAAUUGACAAGAUUUUAUUUUUACCAUCUAAAUGAAUUAUUAACGAGUAAAUAUUCGUCUUACAACUACAAUCUUUUAAAAGAAACUAGACUACUUGAAUAUUUAUUGCAUUAUAUUGCUGACAUAAAUAACGUUCAGAAUUAUGAAGCCAUUAUUGAACAAUUAUUUAUUAAUUUAGUUAAACUAGAUAACAAAAAUUACAAAACCAUAAAGUCGCUAGUACAAUAUUGCUACUAUAUGAUCAAGUUCGAACAAGAAAAUACCCAAAAAACUACCACAAUCAUUAUUUCAUCCAUUGAUAUAUUAUUUUCGGAGGCCAUAGACUCAAUAGACGGUAAGCUAUUGCGGAUGAUAGAAAAAUCGUUGAAUUUGAAAAUGUUAUUUAUGCUAUUAAAUAGAGCUGUUUUAAAGGAUAGUAAUAACAUAGGUGAGCUUCCCUUGGCUAUUAUGAGUAUACUUUUGAAGUACUUACAAAUAAGCGAACGCGGUAGUUUAAAUUUUAAAAAUGGAGAUGGUCGUAUCAUUUUACUGAAUAUUUUGAAAAACUUUAAUAAAGAUUAUGUUUCAGAAUUAGCGAAAUUGAUAUUUUCAUAUGCAUUCAGAAAAAAUUGUGAUGUUUCCAAUUUACCUAGUGGUUUUGGCAAGUGCACCUUUUCUGGUGAAUUUAACGAACUGCAACAUUUACUUUUGGAGCUUUUCUUGUGGAUACUUCACAAGUACAAUAGCGAAUGCAUUGAUCUUUUUAAUGAUUACGUGUUGGCCAUAUUAGAACAAUAUGGAAAAUCUCGUGAAUAUAGGAUUUUUCUAGAAUCAAACGACAUUUUCUUACCUGUCUAUUUGGUUCAAAUAAUAAUUAAAAUUGAUGGGGAAGAGCGUCUUUCAGAUCAAAAUACCAAAUGUAUUGACAAUGUUAAGUUACUUUUAUCAAAUAUAUUUUUGAAUAAUUGUUCUUUAAUGAUAGAAAAUGCUUUUAAAACCUUUUUCAAGACGAUUAUAGAUUACAAAGAGAAUAUUCAUUUACAGAGACACGACUCAUAUUUAAAGGCUGCUAUAAUGUACUAUGUUUUCCCCAGUAUAGUUGAUAGAUUGGUCCAAUUCCAACACACCAUCCCAGCUUUGUACAUGGAGAAUCCAGCUAUUAUCUUCAAUGUUUCUAUUUUAUUAGGUUACUUUGUUGAGACAUUACCAGUUUUCCAAUGGCCUUUAUGUUUAUAUAUGAAAUCAUUGAGACUCGUGUUUAUUUGUUUGGAAAUGUUAAAGAAUAAGUACGGAGACCUUUACAGAAAGAAAAAAGAAACUAUAGAGUUGGCCCAAUAUUGUUCUGCCUUUUUUACUUGCAUAUUAUAUGUGGGGUACCCAUUUUCCAAUAAUAUAACAGAAUUCAAUUCAUUUUUCCAAGACUUGUUAUAUUAUCAGGAACUUUUAUUCGGCGGGAAGGAACCGUUAUUGGAAUCCUGUAUUAUUGUUUUCAUUUUAUGCUUUAUCAUAGUAUCUACAAAGGGCAUGGACAAAAAUAAUGAAACUAUGUAUGUUUGUUUAUUUUCCUGUUUUAGGACUAUAUUGGUUCACAGAGCAGAAUGUGUUCCUCAUUUACUUAAGCUAUUUGAACAAAACGGGGAGCGUCUGCCGGAAACUUUGUUUACUUCGUCCUAUCAUAUGAACGAUGCCGAAAUGAAUACUUUAUUUCAACAAUACAAUCAUGUUUUUACGGAAUACUAUCGAAAUGUUUUCAGAAGAAAUUAUUUCCAAAAUACUUUUUUAUCUGUGUUGAGAAGUUCAAGUUUAAAUCCACCGGAGUUUUUACAAAAAUCCUUGAAAAACACGCAAGACUCAGUGUUUGUUCUGUUUAACAACAAUGCCAACGCAAUCUAUGAAUUGUUUAUAAAAGAUAGUAUACCGAUGGAUAAAUUUUUGUUAUCCAAUGAACACAAAAGACAGCUUAAUUUUGUGGAUGAUCUGCAUGAUGACGAAGUUUACAAGAAAAACUUAUUAGAAGAUAUUUUAUUCAACUUAGAAAUUUUGAAAAAGUAUAAUAAUGGGGGGACCUUAAAAAACAAUUUGGUUUCUUGGGGAGUUGAUAAUCUUUCAACUAUAAACAAAAUGAGACCCAAGCUAAAGCCAAGUCCGAAGCGUUUAAUAUUCCCAAAUGAUAAGUGGUCUACUUUAAAUUUGACGAUUUCACCGCAAAAAUCGCCUGUCAGUGUGCUAUCGGCACCUUUUAUUUUUAAAAAACAUUGUGAUGAGAAAAGAGGUAGUGACAUUUCCUUUGAAAUAAUUCAAGAUAUUAAUGCUAUGGAUUUAACUCAAGAAGAAAAUAACAACCAAAAUAGGAAAAUAUUAAAAAUGUUACUUCCUAAUGAAAAUAUCAAAUUCAUCUGGAAUAUCUGUUCCGUUUCUGGGCUAAAUAUAUCAGAGGGUAUUUUUCUACUCUGUGAUACCAAUUGCUAUUUUAUAAGCAAUUAUUAUUUUGAUGAAUAUGAAAGAAAAGUUAUAGAGCUUUCUGAAACAAGAGACUCUGAAAGGGAUUAUAACAUUCAAUUGAUUACAGGAGAUAGCAUAUGCCAGGAUGUAGAAGAAAGACAUGAUGUCUUAAUGUUUCCGUCAAAUACUGUUUCAUAUGUUGUGAAAAGACCAUUUUUGUUAAGAGAUCUUGCACUUGAAAUUAUUUUGGAAAGCAAGUUUUCCCAUUUUUUCACAUUUGGUUCGACCAGAUUAAGAGACAAAUUCUACAGUAAAUUAAGUAAAAUCCAAAACUCUGAUUUGAUAAUUGAUCCUUUAUAUAAGGAGGUAUUACACCGUAUCAAUAAGAGAAAUAGUCUAUUAAAUGCCAAAAAUGGGGUAACGAUUGGCUCAUAUUCAUUUAAGGUCACCAAACUUGUUCAGACGUUUAUUGAAAGCGGAGAUUUAUCUUUUAUUACACAGAGUUGGCAAAGAGGACAAAUUUCAAACUUUUAUUAUUUGAUGAUUGUUAAUUUCCUAGCAGGCAGAUCUUUCAACGAUCUAACACAGUACCCUGUUUUCCCCUGGAUCGUUAAGGACUAUGAAAGUGAGGAGUUAGAUUUAAAUGAUCCCAAAGUUUACAGGGACUUGUCAAAGCCGAUGGGCAUUCAAAGUGAGAGUCGUAAGGAACAGUUCCUGGAAAGAUAUGAAGCUUUAAAAUCUUUGCAUGAUGAAAAUACACCGCCUUUCCAUUACGGCACACAUUAUUCUUCAGCCAUGAUUGUUGCCUCGUAUUUGAUUAGAUUAGAACCUUUUACUGACUCUUACUUGUUGUUGCAAGGUGGGAAGUUUGGUCCCCCAGAUAGGUUAUUCAACUCGAUUGAAAGGGCUUGGAAACAGGCCUCGUCCGAAAAUACGACAGAUGUUAGAGAAUUAAUUCCGGAAUUCUUUUAUUUGCCGGAAUUUUUGCUUAAUAGUAAUAAUUACGAAUUUGGUAAGUUACAUGAUGGACAUGUUGUAGACAAUGUUAUCCUACCACCCUGGGCUAAGGGGGACCCUAAAAUAUUUAUUUCUAAAAAUAGAGAGGCUUUAGAAAGCCCGUAUGUUUCAAAACAUUUGCAUAAUUGGAUAGAUUUGAUUUUUGGAUAUAAGCAACGCGGUGAGCAAGCUGUUAGAGCGGUAAACGUGUUUAAUCAUUUAAGUUAUCCCGGUGCUAUAAAUAUAGACAAAGUUGAUAAUGUAAUGGAGAAAAGAUCUAUAACGGGUAUUAUCCAUAAUUUUGGACAAACUCCAUUGCAACUUUUUGAUGAACCUCACCCUGAAAAAUUUUCUACUGGUAUUUUUUCUGUUGAUUAUUGUUGGCACUAUUUGCCAGAAACCCCUAUUGUUUCUAAACAGAUCCAUGUACAUGGUCUUUCUGUUUCUGGUGUCAAAUACAUCGAAUAUGAGAAAAGCGGUAAUGAUAUAUAUUGGGUAGGGUUCCCAUUUUUAGCUUACAGGUUAAAUGCUACUUUACUUUUAAAGUUAGAAACACCAUACCAAUUGAGGAUCAACGACAACAUUUAUACGGUUACUGAUUAUGCUUCUGGAGAACUUACUGCUUUUUGUAAGCUUGAUUCCAAUUCUUUUGUUUUAGGUGACUCUAUGGGAAAUUUAUCUAUAUGGGAAUUUGUUGUUAAUAAGAUAAAUAAAUAUGAGCUAAUGAGGAAGGGGCAAAUAUUUGGACACUUUUCUGAGAUUAAAGAAAUUAAAGUUUCUGAUGAAUUUCAAAUUAUAGUGACUCUAGAUUCUGACGGGUUUGUUUUUGUAUGGAACUUAUCGGAUCGUAAAUAUAUUCGUUGUUUGGGUGGAAAUGUUAAAAAUUUUAGUAUUUCUAAUACCACGGGAAAUAUAUACAUAUUGUAUCGAGAUAAAACAGAUAUUUUCAAUUUAAAUGGUGAAUUAUAUCUAAGCGUUCCUAUACCACCAUCUACUCAUUAUACAAGUGUCAAUUUUAUGAAUUUUUAUGGAUGGGGGCUCGAUCAACUACAUUGCUAUUGGAAUAUAAAUGAUAUUAUUUUAUUGGGGACAAGUGAUGGUCAGAUUGAGAUUUAUGAGUUGAUGGUUGACCCUGCAAAAGGCUGGCGCUUGAAAUUAAUGAAAACUUUAUGUAUUCAAGAUAAGAGUAUAGAGAUAACCAGCGUUAGAGGAGAGGUGAGAAUAAUACCUACCAGUAACGUUGAGGAUGUUGUCAAAGCAGAUGUGGUAAAAGUCGAAGUUGUAGCUGGUGAUUCAAAUUCUUACUUGCAUGUUUGGAAGUAG